UUGUUGACCUUUUGACGCCAUUUAUGGAAAGACAUGAACUCAUGCACAUUUGAACCCUUAUCUGGUGAUGUUAAUUUAUUGUUUCCUUAUCUUCUGCACAGAUCGUCUGAUGAUGCUAACAAUCUCACAGCAUCUAAUGGAGGCAAGGUUCUAUAUUCAGAGAAACAGAAUCAAACUACAUUUUGUGGGUCCAUGAAUGAUGGUAGCCGAGUUCCAUCCUACAAUUUAUUAGCGGAAGUUUCUUUACUGGGUAAUUUAGCUCAGCCAGUAGCUGGCAGUGAAAUAAAUCAAUUAAAUGUUCCGGAUGGUAUUAACAAUCAGACAAUGUGGGGUCAAGUUAACUCAAAUGUGCAGAGAAGGAAUUCUGGAGCAGUGGAAGCCUGUGAUUCUAUGGACAUUUUGGUCAAUGAUGGUUUGCAAAGUCAGGACAGUUUUGGUAGGUUGAUGAACGACAUCAUAAGUGACUCUCCAGGUUCCAUAGAAGAUCCUGUGCUUGAAUCUUCAUUUCCUUCUGGUCAUGAUUCAUUCAGCCCUCCUAUGGUGGAUCAACAUCAUUAUUCUGAGACAAAGAAAAUAUUUACCAUAACUGAUAUCUCACCUGCAUGGGCAUUUUCAACUGAAAAUACUAAGGUGUUUGGUGUAAAUCAUAGAGAUUGGGUGUCUCAUGCCACUCAUCGAGUGGUUCAGAUGGAUGAGGCAGCUGAGGUUAGUGGCAGUAGUCAAGCGCUCCUUGCUAUGUUCUAAUCUUGCAGGAUUCCAUCAAUUUAAGAGAUGGUGGAAUGAUAUCUGGGGGUGAGUUUCUCUCUCAUGAUUAUUGCAUCUCGCAUCUACAUACGAUUUUUGUUCAUGUUCGGUCUAAAUUUCUCAUAUAUUUCAGAUAAGUUUUGUGCUUCCUCCAGAAAUGGCAAAAUGAGACGAACCUCUUUAUCCUCUAUGAAUAUACUUAAUUGUUGUUCAUGACAUAUACAUCUGCAAUAGCAUUCUAAAGGAUAGAAAUAGCAGGAUUUGCAAAAUAAAUUUCAGAAUGUCAACUCUUUUGGCGGUUCAGCAUAUCCACAUUCUUCGGCUUAUGGUGGUAUGUGCUUCUUGAAUUAUGAGUGGUUCUACUAAUUCUGUACUAGCUAAAUUUCAUUAUUUCUGUACAUUUUAUCAAAUUUUUAAACGGUUGUCUUUUUUUUCCAAAUAAACCUUCCUAUCAUGCCAACAAGUCAGAUGGAGUCGAAGUGGAAUCACCACAGAGGUGUGGACCAAAGGGCCGAGAGUCUUGAAGGAUGUUUCAGUUCUUAGGACAUAAAUUAUCAACAGGCUACGCAAGUCAAGGGAGGUUGAAAGAAGAUGAAGCAAGAAAAUAUUUACAGCAGCUUAUUUGUUUUGUUGAUUAUUGCCAUAAUAGUAUCUUGAGUUUUGAAGAAUGAUAACGAUUUAGAUAAUGCAUGUUCACACAUUUAUUGAUUAGUCAUGUUCUGUUCUUGGUUGUUCAAUCUCU